CGUGUCGACGAGCAGACUGUUAAAAUGCGCUCCAAUCCGCUCAGGCAAUUAGCGCGUCGUUAGAUAACACGUCUCAACGCCUUAUGCCUUGUCACAUUCAGGAAAGAGUUGCUGGUUCCAGACCCGACUGGUGCGCCUACUGGAAAGCAAAGCAGCCGUCAGUUAUGGAAGAUUCGCACGGUCCUGCCAGUCGGGACCCGAGUGAAGCGGACAGUGCCUCUCUCUCACUGAGUCUGGUCUCUCCACCGCCGCCUCUACUGCAGCCUGCUUUGCAUCCAGCUCACAGGACCACUAACUUUUUCAUUGAUGACAUACUUCGGCCUGACUUUGGGUGCAAGAAGGAACUGGGAAUAAGACCCAGGGAGCGGGCUAAUGACUCUGCCAGGGACGGGCAGAAUAGGCCGCCGCCGCCCAGAACCCCAUGCCCAGACUCCACCGACAGCGUUUCCUCUUGCACGUACUCUUCGGCGUCGUCACCAUCAAGCCAGAAAGAGUCCAGAGUGGACAAAUCGAGUAGAGUAACAACACCAGACAAUGCUGGAGAAUCAACUGUUAGCGCGGAACACAGUAGCGGAGAAGCAGAGAGCGGCAAAGACCCUCGCUCGCUUCUUUGGCCCGCCUGGGUUUACUGUACCAGAUACUCAGACCGGCCUUCAUCCGGCCCAAGGACCCGCAAACUGAAGAAAAAGAAGAGCCAGGCGGAGAAUAAACGGCCCAGGACGGCAUUCACGGCUGAACAGCUGCAGCGGCUGAAGGCGGAGUUCCAGAUGAACCGCUACAUCACCGAGCAGCGGCGGCAGUCCCUCGCGCACGAGCUCAGCCUCAACGAGUCGCAGAUCAAAAUCUGGUUUCAAAACAAACGCGCCAAGAUAAAAAAAUCCAGCGGCUACAAAAACUCACUGGCCAUUCAUUUGAUGGCACAGGGACUGUACAACCACUCCACCACCACUAUCCAAGACGACAGUGACUGAAGACGCAUGAAGCUGGACUAAAACACAAACUGUACACCAGGACUAAGUCUGCAUUCUUGAGUAUGACGUGAGGAAACGGUCGAUAUGUCUAAAUAGAAGAUUAAAAAAACUCGUAUUGAAUAUCCUCUAAUUAGUAUCAUUAUAGCAUAUAGGUACCUUUAACAUAUACUGGGCCCAUAUCUAUAUUUUUCGAUCAUAGGGCUAUGUCUAUCUGUGUUUUUAUGUCUAACGUUAUGUUACUAUCAAAUAUAUAUUUUUAAAUUCCAUCAGACUAUCAGACUUGCAAAUAUCUUAUGUCUCAUGCCAAAGAUUAUAACAGUCGGAAAGUCUAGACUACUUGUAAUACAGCCUGAAUUGUGCAGAGUAGGUGAUUAACUUCCUUUGCGGAAACUAAAAUGUAAGGUUGCUGCUUUAGCAUAUAGACAGGACAGUGGACAACAUUGUGGGACGGAAGUAACCUGACUGUCAGAAUACCAAUUACAGCCUUCUACUUGAGAUUUUCUGAUUUGUUCUCUCAAAAAUAAACGCUUUUAUAUACUGAAUAUAUACUUUUCUAUUUGUCAUAUGUUAAUGGUUUAGGUGGUAUAAAUAGA